AACAGAACAACUCAAGAUACAGGAAGAGAAACACAAUGAACGCAUAUGUAACGACAAACACAUUCUACAUUUCAAUUGGGUUUUCCCUCAUUUUAGGUGUUGAAUGCUACAGCGGUUGGUUAAACCAUGUAUUAACUGUUCAGACUGGAGGAUCGGUCACCAUCCCAUGUCAUUAUGACAAGAAAUACACACAGCAGAAGAAAUACUGGAACUCAGGGAUUGAUAAAUCUAAUAAAUACACAAACACAACAGAGCAGAAUCUGUCAGUAAUUGAUCAUCCUGAUCAGAGUCUCUUUACUGUGACUAUGAGAAACCUGCAGAACAAACAGACUGGACAUUAUUAUUGUGUUGUGGAGACUGGAGAACAACCACCGAUAAAUAUAACAUAUGAGCCGUAUCUCAAGAUUCAAUCUGCUCCUGAUGUGUCUGUGGUGAACAGCAGUGUAUCUGGACAUGAAGGUGGUGAUCUCAGUGUUCAGUGUCUCUACAGUUCUGAAUAUCAGAAUGAAGUCAAACAGUGGUGCAGAUAUAAAGAUCAGAGCUGUUACACAGUGAGGAGGGCUAACACAUCCCAGAGUUCAUCAGUACAAAUCAGUGAGGAUGAUGGGGGAAGUUCCUUCACUGUGCUGAUGACUGGACUGAGACUGACUGAUUCUGGCUGGUACUUCUGCUCUGCUGGAGAGGCACUGAAUCCUGUUCAACUCACUGUAGGCAGAACCAGAAAUGAAACGGUGAUUCUCAAGAAACAUAAUGAAACAAAAGACACAGAGGAGUCACAAAAUAAUGAACUCCUGACUGUGUGGCUUCCAGCUUUAGCAUCACUUCUGCUGUUAUUGACUCUGGUCGGUGUUUUCACCUGGAGAUGGAGAUGGAGACCCAAACAGGAUAAACAUCAAAUCAGAGGGAGAAACGGCAGCAGAACCACUGACAUGAUCUACUCUCAACCUGAAGAUCCUGUGAAAUACAGCACUAUAAAUGAUGAAAUCCCACAUAGUGUCACGGAUCGGCCAGGCCCGACCUUCCACCAAUCACAACGCUCCACCUCACCUGAGUACUGAUCACGUCCACCUGCACCUCAUCAACUCAUCACCAGCACUCAAGAUAUAAACACCAUCUCCACGCACACUCACCGUCCGAUCUCGUCAACACGACCUGGACUCCUCUUCAGCUACCUGUUGAGACAAAGAACAAUAUCCUUUAAAUUCUACCUACCUCGAAAGUCUUACCUUCUGUGUCUGCUCCUUGUGUUCCUCUCAUCCUCCUAGAUCGUUCUCCCCUGGAUCCGUCUGUCUGUCAAGCCCCGGUCUCCGCUCCUGGAACAAGAUAUAGUGUGUGUGGAUUCAAGAUCAUCUCUACCUCCUUGCCUUUUCCUCUAAAACUCAUUGUGUCUAAUAAAUCUAUAUUUUUAUAUACUCAUCCCGUGUCCGACCCAUACUGUGACAGAAGAUCGGACCAACACAGCUUCACAGACAAGAUGAGUGCACCGGAUCCCUUCCAGGAGCUGGUGGAUUCCCUCAAGAGAGUCUUGCUGCAAACACCCAAACCACCAGUGCCAUCAGCUCCACCAUCAUCACCCACUCGCACCACCUCUGACACUUCUUCUCCGAUUAUCUUCGCCAGUCCCAUGGCCAGGCCAGCGCCCUUCUCUGGCGCGGCGGAGGAAUGCAAUGGCUUUCUCUUACAAUGUAACCUCACCAUGGACUUACAUCCGCAG